CGUCUUUGUGGACUGAUUAUUUAUUUUGUUUUCCUGUCUUUUGUAAAAAUAAACAUAAAUUCAAUUAGUAGCGACGUUCGCAUUUACGUAGAUAGCUGCAAGUGCUGUUCUAAGAUUGAUCCUCCACUAGUUCCAUAGUGCUCUUAGUUUUAAUCAACUAUUGUUAUUUGUGAUAUCCGAUUAUUGUGAUUCAUCUUCGCAUCACAAUGCCUAUUUUAUUUAGUGUGGUAGCCCGAGGCACAGUUGUUUUGGCCAAAUUUGCCUCGUGUGCAGGGAAUUUCACGGAAGUCACGGAACAAAUACUGUCGAAAAUUCCGCCCCACGAUGAUAAAUUAACGUACUCACAUGGGAAUUAUUUAUUUCAUUAUAUUGCUGAAAACAAACUGGUGUACUUCUGCAUCACUGAUGAUAAAUUCCAACGUUCGAGAGCAUUCCUCUUCCUCAAUGAGAUCAAACGAAGGUUUACUGCAGCUUUUGCUGAAACGGCCCAGACUGCUAUCCCUUAUGCUAUGAAUGGCGAGUUUGCCAGAGUCCUGGCUGCUGAAAUGAAACACUACACAGAGUCUGGGGACCUCAACAUUAUAUCUACAAUAUAUGGAGAACUGGAUGAACUGAAAAACAUUAUGGUUAAAAAUAUAGACAACAUGGCGACUCGGGGCGAAAAGUUAGAGCUGCUUAUCAACAAAGCUGAUAACUUGGCCACAAAUUCUGUUUCCUUCAACGGCACCGCGCGGACGUUACAGCGCAACCUCUUCUGGAAGAAUAUCAAAAUGUACGUGAUCAUGGCGCUCGUGGCCGCUCUGGCCGUUUACUUCAUCGGCGCCAUGGCGUGCGGCGGCCUGGCGUGGAAAACAUGCGUCGGUUAGACUUUACUAUAUGAGAAUAAUAAUAAGGCGUAUAGAAGCAACGAUCCAGGCGUCAUAUAAAUCUGCACUAUUGUGGGACCAAAAUCAAUGUGCUUGCAGAGUCGUUAAUGAUAAAGCCGGCCGUCUCACUCGCACUCGCGGUUUCUAACGAUGCAUGUUGCAGCUUUCUCAUUUUUAAUUUUAUUGUCCCCAAACCAACGUACUAAUGGUUUUGACCUCAUAAUAGUAAGAACGGUAUUAUUGACAUCACAGAUCAUUAAUAUAAACUUCAUACUGACACACGGUGACACAUCGAUUUAACAUUUCGAAUAAAGUAGGUAAAGCCUGAACAGUAAUAUAUGAUCAUUGUCAAGAGGGCGCUGUUGUUGUGCAUGUAUAGGGUGACAGUUCAGUAUAAUAUGAAAAAAUUAGUUCCAAUGAAAUUCCGCAACAUGGCGCGUGAUCAUAUAUUCCUGGUCAGGAUUUAAAUAAUUUAAGUUGUCACUGUUGUCAGUCCAAUUCCCUGUUGACAAAUGAGGAAUGCUUUAUUCCGUGAUAAUAAUACUAAUUUGAAAAAUAAUAAUAGUAUAAACUGCAUCGUACUAGUCUUUCAAACGGAUAAUGGUUUGCAUGAAACGCGAUGGUAAUUUAACUAAUUUACCAGAUUACUAGUAAUUUCAGUACACAUUUGCCGGUUCGCAUUUCCUAUUCGUUAAAUGGCUUGCAAUUAAAUUAUUACCUCGGUUAUCAUGUUUUAAACUUCUUACAUAAGUUAUUAGGUAGGUCAGUAGAAGCGAGAGUUGGAAGGGGUAGACUUUCUCUGAUCAAAUCGGGGAAAUCCUGAAGGUCAAGAGCACCCUAAACUAACGAACGUGUAUGAGGAAUGUUAUGAAAGUGAAGGAAGCGAAAGAGGUAUGUCAGGAUCGUAGCACGUGGAAAUCCGUGGUCUCUGCCUACCCCUUCGGGAAAUAGGCGUGAUUAUAUGUAUGUAUUUACAUUAGUUUAACCCAAGGUUAUAUAUUUAAAUGAAAUUGGUAUUUAGCCUCUCAAUGAAGCCUAAACAUGCAUGUCGAUAAGGGCUCAUUCGAACCAUUAUAGAACGUGAUGAUGAUGAUGAUCCUUUCCGGCCGAUUUCGACCAUGGCGACCACUUCGACUCCUAGUAACUAGGAGCUAACUGUUACAGUUAGCUCGGCGCUCGUGCGCCCGAAUAUGGCUGAUGUAGCCGAUCUUCGAGGCGAACCCCCAUGCACAUUGAGAGCACGUGAGAACACCAGCCACAUAAUGGUAAUGAAUGGAAGCAGGCUGGCGUGCUUUCAGCUCGUCGCGUUUAGCAUCGAGGUCAACUAUGCGUUGCUCCUCGAAAUCGCGGACUUUGUCCUGCACCAGCCUGCGCCACUCAGGACGCUGUGCUGCCAAACCUUCCCACUGAGAGGGCUCGAUGUUGCAUCUUUUCAUGUUUCGUUUCUGAACAUCUUUGUAUCGGAGGAGUUGUCCGCCAGGUUUCCGCUUACCCUCCUCUAGUUCAGAAAAAAAGAUGCGCUUCGCUACUCUCUCCUCCGCCAUACGUGAUACGUGACCGCACCACCGAAGCUGUCGACGCAUUAGGUAAGCCUCUAUUCCACCGACCUUGGCUCGUCGCAGAACUUCGGUAUUUCGCACUCGGUCAGACCAUCUGAUGUUCAUGAUCUUACGUAAGCAUUUGAGGUGGAACCGGUCUAAGGUACGGAUGUGAUGACGGUACACGCACCACGUCUCGGAAGAGUAUAAAAGGUUUGGCAGCACGAUCGCCAUGUACACAGAAAUUUUGGUAACAAUCGGCACCCUAGUGACGAAUUAUUAAAAAAAAUCGAAUUAUAUCUUUGCUCUGGAUCAUUCUGUAAGUAACUACAGACACUUAAAACAUCGUCAUUGAAUAACAUUAAACCUUCUUUGUUAUAUUUGUAUUGUUUUGUAGCAAAAUACUAAACAAUACAAAUAAUAAUAUAUAUUAUAAUAUAUUUAUAUAUUAUUAUAUUUAUAAUAUAUGACGUCGCAGUCAAGCGAUGCGUUUCUCUUACUAAUACACACUAAACAUUAUUUUGAACAUUUAGUUAUAAAUAGUAACAUGGCCUAUAUUAAAAGCCGUUUUUGGUCAAAAAGUUUUAUGACUCCUGGAUAAACACUAUCGUAGGAAACGACGCAUCUAUACGCUAAUAUUAUUCUUUUGGUUAAUGUAAUGAUUAUUUAAAUGUGUCUUUUGUGUUCACAUUAAAAAACAAAAUCACUUGAUCUAGCUGUUUUAAAAAACGUAUUAACAUCAGUAAUGGUGCAUCAUUUAAACUGCGAAUAAUACACCAAACAACUACUUAGAGAUUUUGCGAAGUAAAAAACUAACUCAUUCUUACCACGAACUCGUAAAAUCUAAUUUAUAAAGAUUUCACAAGAUUCUAUCGGGUGUUCUGUGAAGUUAAACUAAAAAAAAUAGCUGGAUGAAAGUAACAACAAUCUUAACGAUUAAUGUCAUGCGUAUAUUGAUAGACGUAGAUAUUUUUUAUUUUUUUACAUAAAACCAUUGCACCGAUUCACACUGAAGUAAAAACACGUGCAAGUAAGUUAUGCGUAAUUUCAAUAUUAUUUUCACUAGAUAAUUUGCUCCAUGUAAUAAUAUGUAUUUAGGCCAAAGUGUGAUUUAAUUUUUAAAAUCCAUGUGCGAUACAAAACGCACCUACUCGUAUUUAAAAAUAAUUUGAUUACUCACUACUUUAUUGGAUUACUCACAAAAUUUAACCAAAGUUACACGAGGGACUUGUUGAAUAUUUUAGUGUGUGAUUAAUUUAAUGGUUUUGCAAAACUGAAAAAGCGGAUAAUCAAUAAUUUAGAUAUUUUCCUAAAAUGCUUACAAUGUUUGGAACCUAUGCCGUGUCGCCACUGUCAUGAUGAAAAAGGAAAAUUCUGUAAAAUUUGUCGUACUUUGAAAGGGAUAUAAAACGUAGAUAGAUCCAAAGAUACUCCAACAGAAUAUAGCUUAUAUGCACCUUAUAUAUAUAUAUAUUUGUUUUAUAAAAGAUUUCCCAAUGAGGUUGACCGGUGUUGAAACGGGAUAAAAAAGCUGAGUGAGAGGUCUUAUCGUCGACACAUGUAACUGUCCAUUCGUGAUUCUUAUUAAUGAAUAAAUAAAUAAAUAUUAUUGGACAUUCUUACACAGAUUGACUAAGUCCCACGGUAAGCCCAAGAAGGCUUGUGUUAUGGGUACUCAGACAACGAUAUAUAUAAUAUAUAAAUACUUAAAUAUAUAGAAAACACCCAUGACUCAGGAACAAAUAUCUGUGCUCAUCGCACAAAUAAAUGCCCUUACCGGGAUUCGAACCCGGGACCAUCGGCUUCACAGGCAGGGUCACUACCCACUAGGCCAGACCGGUCAUUGCACCGAGAUAAGGUUCACGAAUGGUGGAUGGCUAGCCAAUGGGCAGUUAAGUCUAUUGCUGUUUUAUUACCGAAAUCCUUUUAUUAGAAAUACCAAUGAUUUCGAUCAAAUGCCCGCUUCUCAUAGUGGUACGUUUGCGAUAGCCACUGUAGCCAGGUGUAUGUAGUGUAUCGUAGUUUGAGGGUAUCGUGUGCAGCUUUUUAGCAAUUGUGUAACUUGUCAUGAUGAUUUGGCAUCAAUAAUUGAAUAAUAAACGACAUAUUUGAUAGACAUUCGUUAUCAAUAGCAGCCAAACGCAGCCUUUCAAUAUCGGUUAACCCUUACGGUAAAAAUAACCUUCAUAAAGCUAUAAAAGGUAUCCGUGAAAUUUAAGCCAAAUUAAUUUCGCUUAUAAAAUAGUCACAAACCCUCUUAGAUAAACAAUAAAUAGUUAUGCAUAUCGGUACAUAAAAUAAGAUAGAUCUACCACUUAACGGAGACGGUACGUAACAAGAUACUUAACACUUUUACCGCUAAAGACGGUUACAGACGCACACGGUUACAAUGUCGUAUUAACUUUCAUGCAUUACAAUGUUUUUUACCAGCCCAUGCUAAGAAAUAUGUAAAUAAAAAUGUGACAUUUAAACAGACUUUAAUAUGGAACCAGUACAGAUUUACCUCACCAUCAUCAAUCGGCUGAGUUAAGCAGUAGACCAUAUAUUCCAUUUAUUAUAAAUUUGUAUGUACGGAAUAGUGAUGUGAGCUUGUGAAUAACCCGGCGCUGUUUAUUAUUUUAUAUCAGAACCAUUUUAUUCCAAAUUGUAUAAUUAAUAUAUUAAUUAUGUUUGAAUAGACUAUAAAGUAUUGUGAUAUCAAGUAUAUGUUAUAAGUAAAAAUGACUUGUUUACAUUGUAAAAAUAUGUUAUAAACUUGUAUAGGUUA